CAGUCGGUCGCGAAAAUGGACCAGUCGAGCUCCGAGCCAUGCGGCGUGGGCGACCAUAAUGGCGUCCAAGGCCUUAACAGCAAAAUAAAAUCACUGCAAAUUUCGUCAGAUUCCACAAAUAAUAAUGCGGAGGCGUGGAAACGCUGGUGGCAGCAGUUGGAGCUGUAUCUGUUGGCCACGGGUUUGGAUAAGGCACCCGAAAAGCGUAAGAUAGCUAUCUUGUUGCAUCUCAUAGGUGAAAAGGGCUUAAAUAUAUUCAAUACUUUCAACCUCACCAUUGAGAAGACCACGCUUGCCGAAGUCAAGUCCAAAUUUCAAAAUUUUUUUGAGCCCAGAAGGAACAUAACCAUGUGCCGUCACAUGUUCUUCACCAGAAAGCAACAGAAAUCCGAGUCGAUCGAAGGAUUCCUAGCAGAUCUGGAGAACAAAAGCCAAGAUUGUGAAUUUGGAACACUCAGGGAAUCGCUCAUCAGGGAUAUUUUCAUUGCAAAUCUGCAUAUGGAUUUAGCACAUGUACGUCAGAGACUACUCCAGGAACCUGAUCUGACAUAUCAGAAGAUGCGAGAACUGGCAACAACACUGAUCGUCGCACAGCAGGAUGCUGAAAAAAUUGUCAGUAGUUCCAACGUUGAAAAGUCAGAAAAUGUCAUGCAUCUACGUCGGAGGAGCCGUAGUCGAGGGGAUCGUCGACAGCGAGCUUCACCAGUCGGUCAGCAGGGUUCUGGCGCAGGGAAGUCUCCCAACCCUGAAAGGCGCUCGAGGACGUGUAGCCGCUGUGGGCAAUCUCACCGCUACAAGUGCCCAGCGCAAGGAGUCAAAUGCAGGUCAUGUAAAUCAUUUGGUCAUUUUGCUAAAUAUUGCUUCAAAAAUAAAAAUAUCAGUCAUUUAGAGUCGUUUAAUUCAAGUCAUAGUCAUAAUAAUAAUCAAGAUUAUUUUGUUGGAAUUUUGAAUAGUCAUAGCUCCAGUCAAAGUCAUAAGUCUAAUUGUCAUUUAAAGUCAUAUAACAGUCACUAUAAACAUGUCAAGUCAGCAAGCACACAUUCAUUGUACCACUUGUCUCCACCACCACAAUUUACACACAUACAUAGUCAGUCACAGUCAGGGAAUGAUUCCGGUGAUGACAUUGGUGUCAUUCCUGAGAGAUCUCACCGAGACUCAUAUUGUCAGUCUGAGAAAUUAAUUCUCAAGUCAUAUUUCAAUGAUGAUAAUGGUGAUAAUGUCAUGUCUGAGAGGUCUGAAAAGUACCUCGGUGAUGAAAGCAGUCACCAGUCUGAGAAAUUAAUUCUCAAGUCAUAUUUCAAAGAUGAUAAGGGUGAUAAUGUCAUGUCUGAGAGGUCUGAAAAGUACCUCGGUGAUGAAAGCAGUCACCAGUCAGAGAAAUCAAUUCUCAAGUCAUAUUGUCAUAAUUCAAAUAAAAGUUGUGAUAGUCAAAGUGGGUAUCUUAAUGAUGAGUACAGACACAUGUCUGAGGAAUCACCUCACACAAUCACAACAGUCACAUCACCAUAUCACAGUCAACAAGUCACAUCAUCAUUUAGUCAGGUCAAUACAGUCGAGUCAAAACAUAAACAUAACAUUAACAAUAGUAAACAGUCUUGGAACAUAAAUGUUAAAGUAGGUCAUUCACAAUUUAAUUGUAUCAUUGAUUCAGGAGCUGAUCUUAACAUAAUGUCAAAACAAACUUUUGAUUCUUUAAAACGUCAACAAAGUCAAAUGUCACUUGUCAAAUGUCACAUAAAUGUCACAGGAUUUUGUGGCAAGUCAAUACCCAUUAUGGGAAAAGUCAAUAUUAAAUGCAAUUUAAUAUUAAAUAAUAACACUGUCAGUGAAAAUAUAGUGUUCAUAGUCGCAAAUUUAGUAUGUCCCAAUGUCCUAGGUCUUCCUACUUGUGAAAGGGUCUUGGCUGUCUACCUCCUGUCUGUCACCUGAAACUCAAACCUGAUGCAGUACCAUGCGUGGAUCCUCCCAGGAGAGUACCAUUUGCGAUGCUUGGAAAGCUACGCGAGGAGUUGGAUCGCAUGGAGAGCAUGCAAGUCAUUGAAAAAGUCACUAAGCCUACAGAAUGGGUGAAUAGCAUAGUAAUUACGGUCAAAAGUUCAGGUCAGUUACGAAUUUGUUUAGAUCCUAGAAAUUUGAAUAAGAAUAUUAUAAGGGAAAUUUAUCCAAUAAAGUCAAUUGAUGAGAUAAGAUCUCAAUUAGUAGGAGCUGUUUGUUUUUCUCAUUUAGAUGCAUUUUCAGGUUUUUGGAUGUUAAGAUUAGAUGAAUAUAGUUCUAAUUUAUGUACCUUUCAAACACCAUUUGGCAGAUAUAAAUAUUUAAGAUUACCUUUUGGCAUAAAUGCAUCAUCAGAAAUAUUUCAAAGAGUUAUGAUGAAUUUGUUUGGUGAUUUAGAAGGAGUCUUGAUAUUCAUCGAUGACAUUCUAGUCUAUGGUCCAAGUGAGUCUAUACAUAAUGAGAGAUUACAUAAAGUAAUGCAAAGAGCUCGUCAAGUUAAUUUAAAAUUUAACAAGUCCAAAUGUAAAUUUCUAGUUUCUGAAGUCUGUUUUUUAGGUUAUGUCUUUAGUAAAGAUGGUGCAAGGGUUGACCAAGAAAAAGUAAAAGCAAUUGUCAAUAUGCCUACACCACAAAAUGUCAAAGAAUUGCAAAGAAUGUUAGGUAUAGGAGAAAUAGAAUUCACUUAAGGCAUAAGUACUCUCCUAUGCUAUCCAACUCGUCGUCGUCGUCGUCAUCGUCGCAGGGGAGAGAGGAUGGUGACAGUCAGAAGGCUGGACCUCAAGAACUCUCAUCUCAAUCCUCAAGUAGUCAAAUUGUCACACGUUCAGGUCGAUUUGUAAAGCCUUCUCGUAGGCUAAUAGAAGAAAUAGAUUAAGUAUAUAAUUGUAAUCUAAAUUAAGUCAUAAUUAAGUAAAAACCUUUGUCUAUCAUAACUAUGUAUAAUAAAGUCAAUUUUUGUCAAGUCAGUCCAUAGUCUUAAGUCUAUUGUUUGUCAAGGGUUAAUUUAAACUUAACAGGGGGGAUGUUGUAACAUCACUAAUUAGUAAUACUAAUUAGUACGUCACUAAUAUAAUAACUUCCGCUAUGAUCUGUCAUCUGUCUUUUUCCAUAUCCUUUGUAGGGGUCGACUAUGUAACUGUGUGAAUGUGUGUUGUGAAAUAAAACUCAAGUAACCCAAGA